UUUCCCAAACGCCAUGGCAGCCUUAUCAUUCUUUAAUGGUUGGAUAUUUUUCAGUGUCAUAAACAGUCAUCUGAAAUUAGUAGAAUCCUGUUGGCCUAAUCCAAACUUUACGAUGAUUCCCUGCGAUGAUGUUACUCCUUCUGCCAGUUCAGUUUCAAACUUUCAAUAUGGACCUUUUAUAGGAGUUUUUGGUUUUUGUGGUAUAGUGCUCGCGAUUUUGAUUUUUUGCUGCAAGAAAAAUAAACCGUCUUCACACGAGACUACAAAUAUUUGUCAAGAGGAGAUGUCUCCGACUAGAACCGACACCGUUAACAAUGGUUUGCCUGUAUUUGGAUAUCCUAUAUUUGAAAAUCCCAUAUUUGGGCAAUAUAAUGAUCAUGAACAGCAUGCUUAUUGUUUACCAGCACCACCUAGAUAUGAAGAACCACCAAAAUAUUCAACACUGCCUCGACAUACAUCACUACCAGAAAAUAUGCCACCACCGCCAGAGUAUGAUUCUUUAUAUGUAUCAGGGUAUGAGCAACCACUCUCAGGGCUUGGUUAUCCACCAGGAACACCACAAUUAGGGUGUGAUAAUUCAUCAGUACCACAACAAUCAGGGGUUGGUCAUUCACCAAGACAACCACAACCAGGACUACAAGAGGCAACACAGUCAGGUCAUUUCACAGGAACAUCACAGCCAGGGUUUGGUCACUCACCGGGGCCACCUGGGGGUUCUACCUCACCACCACCAUACGCUAAAUACUAAUUUAGCACAACAAUGUUCUACCUCAUUAACUCAACCAUAUGCCAAAUACUGAUAUACAUUGUAGCACAUCAAUAACUUGCCAGCCUGAGUAUUGCUUGCUCAUCAAGCUAUGUUCUACAUUUUAAAAAGCGAUUCCUUUUUUCUCUCCAUGUAAUUCUUAAAAGUGAAUUCAUAACUACAAUAACUGUAAUUUAAAAAUGUUUAUUUGAUAUUAAAAAUAUAAUGUUUUUGUUGUUUAUAAAUACACAUA